GUCCAUUUCAUCCACAUUGCUUUCUUUCCUCACAACUUUCAGAAACCAAAAAUGUUUAGGAAUAUAUUUUCCACUUUUAUUUAUGUUUUAAUUUUUGUUACAUCUCAAGAACAAGCCAAUAGUGCAUUACAUGGAACUACAAAAAAGAGGGUUGAUGAAGCCAACAAAAAAGGCCCUUAUUUAGGGUUGGUCAUUCCUAACAUGUUUGAAAUGAACCCUCUACUCAACAAUCCUCAAUACAAGUCCACCAAGCUCGUUAUCGACUAUGCAGGAAGGAGGUUUCGGUUUGGAAAUAUCUACAAUAAGCCCGUGAUUUUGGUGAUGAGCGGAAUGGGAAUGGUGAACGCGGCGGUUGCUACACAACUUUUGUUGAGUUUGUUUGAGAUAAAGGGUGUGAUACAUUAUGGAAUAGCAGGGAAUGCAAACCCAAACCUAAAUAUUGGAGAUGUGACCAUUGCUCAAUAUUGGUCUCAUUCUGCUCUAUGGAAUUGGCAGAGGUAUGGAGAUGGGCCUGAAGAUCCAUUGCCAUUUGAAGGGGAAGGUGGAUUUACAAGGGAAAUUGGGUACUUGAAAUUUGGAUCAUAUUCAUCAAAUGGUGAUGAUAACAUGUUGAAUAAUGUGUGGUAUCAAGCAGAAGAAGUUUAUCCUGUUGAUGCUACUCCUGAGCAAACUCAACAAGCAUUUUGGAUCCCUGUUGACUCCAAUUAUUUAUCUAUCUCUAAAGCUCUUGAGAAACUAAAACUAGAGGAUUGCAUCAACGCCACAACAUGUUUAUCAGAGCCACCGAAGGUCACCACCGUGCAAAGGGGGACGAGUGCCAACGUUUAUCUAGAUAACGCGGCCUAUCGAAGCUUUUUAUACAACAAAUUUAACAUUAGCCCCGUUGAAAUGGAAAGCGCCGGCGUGGCUCUCAUUUGCUAUCAACAAAAGGUCCCAUUCAUAACUUUUAGGGCGCUUUCCGAUCUCGCAGGUGGUGGCUCAGCUACUUCCAACGAGGCUGAUACAUUUUCCGGCCUCAGUGCAAACAACUCUGUGGUAGUCACGGUAGAGUUCAUUAAAUUGUUGGAUGGUUACAAUAGAAAAAUGUUAAAUUAUGCCUAGCAAAAAUGAUGUCAUUAGCUAUUGAACACUUAAAAGAAGGAGAAUAAUGAGUCUUAUUGUACCUAUUUGUCUUUUAAAUAAAGAGUUAAUUACAUCGUUA